UAAACAUUUGCCGCUCCUGUUGGGAGAACUAGUCCUCUUUGGGCCGCAAAGUGAGCGGCGACGGUGCAAACAAGUGGACCCAAAGAGUUGACGCUAUGCUGGACGAGCCUUUUAACUGACAUCAGAAUGAACGACUGCUAGCGAUGACCCGCCGGUUCUCUUCGGACUCGAUCAAGUAACGGGCCGCGCCAACAUGAUAGUACUUUGGGCGCUGCUGCUGCUCAGCGCGCGUGCUGCCUUCACAGUCGCCAGAUCCUUGAACGCAGCACGACACCACCCCGUGGACCGGACGGCGUCAGGUGUGGGCUGGUGGCGCCUCCCUCUGCUGGAGAAGACGCAUCCCUUUGUGCUGGUGGGGAGGCAAAGGUGGAGCCUAGUGGAAGCUCUACAGGACGGUCACCCAGAGCGACUACUUUGUGGCCUGAAGAUCCAAGGCCAGGUCCUCCUACUGGAUCUGGAGAAGAACCGCGACCUCCUGCCCAAAGCGCCAAACGUGUUCUUCUACCUGCCAAACGGCACAGGAGUGUCCAUCAAAGAUGACCCCGUGACGCAUUGUUAUUACCAUGGCAAUGUCCGGGGGUUCCCUCGCUCACGAGUGGCGCUGAGCACCUGCUCAGGUCUGCGCGGCAUCAUCGCUAUCAACGCUACUCUGAGCUUUGAGCUGCAGCCGCAGGAGCUCCGCCCCUACCAGCAGGGCAUGGCGAGGGAGAAGGGUGAAAAAGAAGGGGACCACCUGCUAUACUCUACUGGUCAUGUAGAGGGGGGGGUAGCCGGUGGCUGCGGGGUCUCAGUGGGCCCUGCAGCCCCCCCAUCACAGCACAGAAGUGUGGGACGAAGCAAGAGGGACAUCCUGUCUGAGACCAAGUACAUAGAACUAGUGCUAGUGGCGGACCACCAAGAGUUCGUCAACUACCAGAAGAACAACAAGACCAUCUUCUAUCGCAUGCUGGAUGUGGCCAACCAGGUGGACUGGUUUUAUCGUCCUCUGAACGUGCGCGUGGCGUUGACAGGCAUGGAAGUCUGGAGCGACCGCAACAAGAUCCCAGUGGAGAAGAACGCCAUUGACACACUCAACAACUUCCUGGAGUGGCGGGCCAGAGAACUGCUACCCCGCCUUCGCCAUGACAAUGCCCAACUCAUCAUGGGCAGCGCCUUGGACGGUACCACAGUGGGCAUGGCGUCGCAGUCGUCCAUGUGCUCCAGAGACAGAUCAGGAGGAGUUAACGUGGAUCACCUGGUGAGCGUUCUGGGCGUGGCCUCCACAGUGGCUCAUGAGCUCGGGCACAACUUGGGCAUGAGUCAUGACACGAUUGAACGGCACUGCUCCUGCCUCAAUGAUGCCCGGCUGGGGGGCUGCAUCAUGGAGCCCUCAACCGGGUUCAUGCCUGGGCAGCAGUUCAGCAGCUGCAGUGCGGCUGAUUUGUCUGUCAGCCUGCUGCAUGGGGGCGGGAUGUGCUUGUUCAAUGUGCCCCAGCCUGACCACCUUGUGGGCGGACCCCGCUGUGGAAACCUGUAUGUGGAGCGAGGGGAGGACUGCGACUGCGGCCUGCUGGAGGAGUGCCAGGACCCCUGCUGUAAUGCCUCCACCUGUCGCCUGAUUCCUGGAGCUCAGUGCUCAUCUGACGGCGGCUGCUGCCAUGACUGCAAGCUGCGGGCAGCAGGUUCUGUGUGUCGGGAGCCAAUCGGAGAGUGCGACUUGCCUGAGUUCUGCACCGGUUCCUCCCCCUACUGCCCUGCCAAUGUCUUCCUGCAAAAUGGCGAGCCCUGCGAGGACGGUGCCUCCUACUGUUACGGCGGCGUGUGUGCUAGCAUGCGUGUGCAGUGCCAGACACUGUGGGGACCCAAUGCGAGCAGUGCGCCCGCCGUCUGUUUCUCGUCAGUCAACAAACAAGGAAACAAGUUUGGAAACUGCGGUCAGCUGAGCAACGGUUCCUACGCUCCCUGUGGGCCCGCUGAUGUGCGCUGCGGCAGGAUCCAGUGUCAGAGCGAUAGGGAGCGCCCCCUGCUGGGCACCAAUGCGGAGAUCCUCACCACCACCGUGCGCUUCAACCACAGUGACCUGGUGUGUCGUGGCACCUUCUUCCAUCUGGGAGACGAUGUGUCCGACCCCGCUUCUGUGGCGGAGGGCACUGCCUGCGGCUACGGGAAGGCGUGUCUCAACCACAAGUGUCAGGACGCGUCUAUCUUCGGCGUGGAAGAGUGCCGCAGGAAGUGCAACGGUCAUGGCGUGUGCAACAGCAACAACAACUGUCACUGCCAGGAGGGCCGGGCUCCACCCGACUGCAUAUAUGCCGGGCACGGUGGCAGCGUGGACAGCGGUCCCACUCGCGCCACCUCAGAGUCGGAUCCAGUCCGAGUUGCCCUGCUGGUGAUCUUCCUCUUCAUCCUGCCGAUGGUCGUCUUGUUCCUCGCUCUCCGCUACUCUUGUGUCCGUAGACUUUUGUCCUGUUUGGGAGCCAAUAAGCAUGUUUCCAAAUCACGACAACACAGCCGGACGCCGGCGACAGAGCGAGAGGAUGACACAAACGGUGAACAAGUGCGCCCACUGAGAUACCAUGUUAAAGCAUCGAAAGACAGCCCAGAGGCUCCGCCCCUCAAACAGGUUUUUGACAGACCUGCUCCUCCCACUAAGCCACUCCCCCCUCCCCCCACACUAAAUCCCUCGCCCCUGCAGUUGACCAAACACCGUCCGGCGCCGCCGGCCAAGCCCCUGCCCCCCACCCCUCCCAUCAGAGGCAUUCAGCUGCUAGCGAGCCGACCGGCUCCACCCAAUAAGCCGCUGCCCCCUGACCCUGUCUCACCUGGACAGGUUCCAGUUGCGCCCAAACCAGCUCUACCCAAAAAGCCUUUGGUUCUCCCACCGCUGUCCCACCUCGCCCCACCUGGCACCAAAGCUAAACCAGCUCAACACUCUGCAGCAUUUGUAAACAGACGAUGUCCUCUUCCUACAAAACAACCCACAAUCCCUCCCAGACUCCGCACGCCACCGCCGCCCCCGCUCCCUGCUGCUAGCAGGGGUGUAGUGCCUUGCUCCGAUCCGCACGGAAUCUUCUGAAUGUUCCUUGGAGAACAACGCAG